AUGUAUCUGGCAGCCUCGCCCCUGGCAUCCACGGGAGCCUCGGCGUUGAAACCAUCAGUAUUGAAGCUGCAGACGGAGACGGAGACGGAGGGGGGCAUGGAGGGGGGCAUGGAGGGGGGUAUGGAUGGGGGCAUGGAGGGGGGCAUGGAUGGGGGCAUGGAUGGGGGCAUGGAGGGGGGCAUGGAUGGGGGCAUGGAGGGGGGCAUGGAUGGGGGCAUGGAGGGGGGCAUGGAGGGGGGUAUGGAGGGGGGCAUGAAGGGGGGCAUGGAGGGGGUCAUGGAGGGGGGCAUGGAGGGGGGCAUGGAGGGGGGCAUGGAGGGGGGCAUGGAGGGGGGCAUGGAGGGGGGCAUGGAGGGGGGCACGGGAGCAUCGGCGUUGAAACCAUGGAAACCAGGCGAGGAGGAGAGAAGGGCAUGA